CAGUUUACCAAAAAAAAAAAAAAUCCCAAGUUUAAGAAAACACAAACACAAUACACGAGUUGACUGUUACUCUGUACAAGACUCUCUCACACAAAUUUAGAUCUGUUUCUUUCUUUUUACCUUUCUUGAAAAUCCCGAAGUUGGUACAAGAAUUCAGAUCUCUUGAGAGUCUCAGGAAACAAACGCAAACUAUAGGGGUUAUCAGAUGGCGGAAGGAUCAGCACACUCAAGGUAUGUGAAGCUAACUAAGGAUCAGGGGCCUUUGGAGGAUAUUAAGCCUGGAGAGCUUAAUCAGCCUAUAGAGGUUCCUCAGUUGGCCGUUCGCAAGUGCUAUGAAUGUGGGCAACCGCUACCUGAAAGCUUUCAGCCACCUGGAGAUGAACCUUGGACAACAGGGAUUUUUGGCUGUGCAGAAGACAGGGAAAGUUGCUGGACAGGUCUGUUUUGUCCAUGUGUUUUGUUUGGGCGAAAUGUGGAAAGCUUGAGAGAAGAUACCCCUUGGACCACGCCAUGCAUGUGUCAUGCUGUAUGUGUUGAAGGUGGUAUGGCUCUGGCAGCAGCAACUGCAAUCUUCCAUGGUUCUGACCCAAGGACUGCAUUUCUCAUUUGUGAGGGUCUAUUAUUUGCGUGGUGGAUGUGUGGUAUAUACACGGGUCUUGCUCGGCAAUCCUUACAGAAGAAAUAUCAUUUGAAGAACUCGCCAUGUGACCCAUGCUUGGUGCAUUGUUGCAUGCACUGGUGUGCCUUGUGUCAGGAGCACAGGGAGAUGAAGGGGCGCCUCUCAGAUAAUGUUGUCAUGCCAAUGACCAUUGUCAACCCUCCCCCUGUUCAAGAGAUGAAGCCUGAUGAUGAUAAUCAUGACUCUGCGCAAUCCUCUGCAAACAAUGAGCACACCACUUUGGAAAUGCAGGCUUUGUAGACCCUCAUGUGUUUAUACCGAGUAAAUGCAUGUGUUGAUACAGAGUAAAUAAAUAUGUACUAUCUUAACAGGGAUUUUGUUUGCAAGGUUCUAAUUUUUUUUAGAAGAGUGGAUCACAUAUACAGAUAUUAAAGGAUUUUUGAACCAUUUGAUUUGAUGAAAUAUAUACCAUGUUCUUGUUCUUAGUUGCUUCA